AGCGGUCCCCCGCCCCCUCCCUCAGCCUCCUCCUCUCUUGACUGCAGUUGAGAGUCCCCUUCCCCCACCGUCGGGUUUCUCCGCGGCUACUGCGGCGGAUUCAGAGCCGAGUAGCUGAGGAGAAGGAGGAGGAGGCUCCCGUCCCUGCGCGCCAUCCACCACCCUACUGGACACGGACGAGGGAACGAGAGCGUCGCCGCUGUAGUCUCCGGAGAAGACAAGGGCACCGCCGCCUCAGCUGCCGCCACCGCCGCGGUUUUCUCUUAUAGCAGCUCGCCGAUCAGGGCCAUUUAACCCAUGCAAUAGGAAUGAAGACCCUGUCCGUUAUCAGUGACAAGAAAAGCAGGGUGGCAGUAGUGGCCCUGAGGCAACAGGAUUGUGAGGCAGUGCUGUUCCCCUGGCACUGACCGGAAGCAGAGGACGCAGUCUGGAACCGGAAGUGGAGAUCAUCUUUGAAGACCUGUUUCUUGUGACGUACUUCUAGGCUGGUCCUCCUCCUGAAAGCUCUGCAGGCUUCAGAAUAAUUCCACAAGCUGAGACUGGGUGUUGAAAACAUGAGCCUGUAAAGGAUGAUGGCAUAAAUAUGGUGUUCUUAGGCAUUUCCAGGAUCCUCAGUCUUCCACAAUGAACCCUGUUUACAGCCCUGUACAACCUGGGGCUCCUUAUGGCAACCCUAAGAACAUGGCCUAUACUGCUCUCAAUUUGAUUAUUUCCUGCCAUCUAGUUCUCUUAGGUUACCCCACAGCCUACCCGGCAGCUGCCCCUGCUUACAAUCCCAGCCUGUACCCGACCAAUAGCCCCAGUUAUGCUCCAGAGUUUCAGUUCCUGCAUUCAGCUUAUGCUACUCUGCUGAUGAAACAGGCCUGGCCACAGAACUCAUCUUCCUGUGGCACUGAAGGCACCUUCCACCUCCCAGUGGACACCGGGACCGAGAACCGAACUUACCAAGCAUCCUCUGCUGCUUUCAGAUAUACUGCAGGGACGCCAUACAAGGUCCCACCGACCCAGAGUAAUACUGCUCCACCCCCCUACUCCCCAUCACCCAAUCCCUAUCAGACGGCCAUGUAUCCAAUCAGAAGUGCCUACCCCCAGCAGAAUCUGUAUGCCCAGGGAGCCUACUACACACAGCCCGUGUAUGCCGCCCAGCCCCAUGUCAUCCACCACACUACAGUCGUCCAGCCCAACAGCAUUCCCUCUGCCAUCUACCCAGCUCCUGUUGCUGCCCCCAGGACCAACGGUGUGGCCAUGGGCAUGGUGGCAGGAACCACCAUGGCAAUGUCAGCAGGUACCCUGCUGACCACACCUCAGCACACUGCAAUUGGGGCACACCCUGUCUCCAUGCCCACGUACAGGGCCCAAGGAACCCCUGCAUACAGCUAUGUGCCCCCGCAUUGGUAAAGCCUGCAACCUGUCCAAAUCUGGAGUCACAUUGUAUGCAACUAUUCAAGUCUUACACCGGUGCUGGAGCAGUCCCCUAGCAGCACCACCUCUAUUUGCAAGAAGAGACAACAGAAGUGCAAGGGUCACUUUAUGCAUCUUUAAUGAUUUUUAUUUUUAUUUUUGGUUUUUGUAAAAGCUGCUUUUUCUAAUCUAGGAGCCUCCCCCUCGUGCCUCCCUCUUAGCCACUGCCCUUCUCUCUCUCUCUACCCCUCUCCCUGACCAGGCCAGUUCUCUCUGCACUUCUUUCCUUCCCUAAGCAUCCUGUCCCUGCAAUCCCAGUCUAGUAGCAGGCAGAGAGUGAGGUUUAUUGCAAUGGCUCAUCUAAAGGCUGUAUUUCAUUUGGAGAACAUAAUAGAUGUGACUGUCAGGUCUGGGGUAGGAACUUGGAGCUGUUGAGAAGGUCACAUCUCCGUCAGCUUGUCAUUCUGCUGAAGCAAGAUUACUUCAAAUACAAAGAAAUAUCUUCUAAGAACCAUUGCAAAAGACCAAGAACAAGCCCACUUGGUUAUAUAGGAAUGUUAUCAGCAGCUUCAUGUCCCCAGGCCCAGAACCCGGGAAAGCAGAGAAUUUGGGGAAGGGUGAAGGGAGGGGAGGACACUGGGGAAGUAGUGUGGAAAAGGGGCAAGAGGGUGCUCAGCUCUGGUUUGAAAGGUCUCUGGCCAUAUUGCUGGCCUGGACCUUCUGAUUUGCACAGUGAUGUUAGCUGACCUGGCACUUCCUCCAGAGAUGCUAUGACCUCAUACCUGCCAAACAGUUGCAUGGUGGUGGGAUCCCAGCAUCCAGAGGAUUCGGAAAGCCAGGUGCCUGCAUAAUCCCACCUUCAGUCCGAACCUCAUGGACCCACUCGAGGAGCUUUCUCCUCAGAGAGUGGCAUUUCUCUCCCUUGUCCUUCUGCCCUUCCCAGUGCCAGGGUGCACAUGUCUGUCUGUAGGGCUGGCAUGCAGACCAAGCUCUUGGUUUUUACCUUCUGCCAUUUCACGGCCAAAGUGAAGGAACCACAUUCCAGGAGGGAGCUGGCGGUUCUGAAGGUCAGGAUAGUGAAGGAAAACAAUAGCAAUAAUCAUUUCAUACUCAUGGAACUGAAGGAACCUUAGCAUUCAUCAUCUCAUCCAUUCCCCUAUUUGACAGAUGAGGAAACUGCGGCCCAGAGAAGCGGAAGGACUUCUCUGAACCUUAUAGUAGAUUAGCAUUAAAUGCAGCCUUCCUACUUACUCGCAUUUUGCCUACAAAAAUUUAGCAAGGGAUGGAUUGGCUUGGCUUUGUAAAAAUUAAGUCAGCAGUGUCCACAUCUGGUGAGCUCUGGAAUGACCUCUGGGCUUCUUCCUGCUAUUUUCUCUCAUGGACUCUAAAGGUGAGGGAUUGAAGACUAGGCAGAGGCUACACAGGGCAGAAGGCAGGAACAGAAACUGCAUUUGGAAAACCUAUGAAGACAUCUGGGAUGUUUAUCCUGAACCUGACUCCACCUCUAGGAAAAAAAGCAAGCGGGUUGGCUGGAAGGUGCUAUGCACUUAGGAUAGUAGUCCUUUAUCCCAAGAAGAGAAGAAUGGGAACCACCAAAAAAGGAAGACAAGGAUGAGGCCAAGCAGAUACAACCACAUCUGGGAGAAGAGGAACCCCUGAGACAAGGAAGCCCUUCCUAGUCUCAGCCAGGAAAUGGAUUGGCCAGCCACCUUCCUGUGCCCAACUAGCCAAGCCAAUAGCCACACUGGGUGGAAUAGGAGUAUCUUACUGUGUAAAAUUGGAUCACUGGUAACACCUGAGACUCGAACUAUUUUCAUUUUAAAUUCAUGUGAACUUGAACAUCACCUUCUUCCUAUUUCCCGUGUUCCCCUGAAAGAAAAAAAAUGGAAGCCCUUGAUCUGGAAUGAACUCAGAAACAGUCUGACUGUUUCCAGGAAUUCGGAGUCCAUCAGCAUCCAUGGCAGAGAGCCAAAAGUUAGGGCUCCUACCUUCCUGGCCUUCUAGGAGCUUCAGGACCAGGAGAAAACACAGCUAUUCUGGGGUACUGACAAGGUUUUUUUUUUUUUUUAAGACAAAGUUUUCCAUUGUUAGUCUGCUUUUUACAAUGCCUCCUUCUACCCUCAUUGGUUUUGUAGAGGUGGAUGAAGGUUGCUAUAGAUUAUGUCUUAAAUGUUUGAAAAAUGCCAAAAUAAUAAUGGUGGUAAUAAUUAUAGAAUACCUUCGCAUGUGUCAGGUACUUCAUAGAUGUUAAAGCACUUCACGACUGCACUGGCCUUGAGAGCAAGCAGCAGGGUCAGUUAUUCCACCUAUUUGACAAAUGUGAAAACAGAUUCUAGAAGGAAAUGAAAUGGCCAAAAGUGAACUGUAUGCUGGAAUCCUGGCAGGUUUCCUAGACCCAGUGGCCUUCAGAUGACUUGGCAGAAGAAAAAAAAUAUAGAGAGAGACUUAGGAAUGGCCUCUUAACAUUUGUUCUUUACACACCAGUAAGUAAACACUGUGCCCCUCACAGUUCAUGUGGUUUGUCCCUGAGAUGAAGGCAUGAUGCCUGCUGUUUAAUUCAUAGAGAAUCCAAGGCUCAAAAAAGUCACAUGUGUGACUUUCUGAUAAGGAAACCCCUGCUGGCUCUAGUUUCUCCAAGCCUGAUCCACACAUGGGCUCACGUUCUGAAGCAUCUAUGCUCUGUACCUCAUAUUAGACCUUGUCUGUGGAUUCAAGAUCAGAAAGACCCCAAAGUGAAAAUCAAGUGUUGACAUGCUGUAAUAUAGAGAAACCAGACCAAUUAACCUUUCUCAGUAAGAGCACAAGAGCCCCAAUUUAGCUGGCUUUAGUUUGACAGAGAUCAACAAGCCUGGCCAAGCUUGAGGAGGGAGCCAUGGCAAACAGACUGAACCCUAGAACACAGUGUGUGUGUACCGUGGGUUAGGUGAACAUAGCUCUGGCAGGGUCAUAGGCACCUAGCAAGGGUGCCCUAGUUAUCAUUUAAAGAUUCUGGAUGGCCCCAGUGGUCAAGAUAGAUGAGGCCAGAGCUGGAAAGGGCCCCUCAUCACAGGACAAGGCACACUGGCAUCACCACACACACCUUGUUGACACCCCUGCCUUCCCCAGUGCAAAGCUGAAGUAGAGGUGGAUCUGUUCACCAGCCUUCCUUGGUGCCAUUUGAUCAUCUUCAUCGGUCCUGGGCCAGAAAGUUUGGGUCUGAGAACUGGACUACUCCCAGUGAGUGAAAGUCUGCAAGUCUCUUGCCAUGCUUUCAAAACAACAAGUUCUUCCUAUGAGAUAAAAUUCUUUUUCCUUCUUAAUAUUAUAACAGUGACUCUGAAGUGCAUACCCCUCUUCCCUGAGUAUUCAUCAGGGACACACACAUCUAUCUGUCCAGACCUCUUUUUGUACAUAAAGUACUUUGAUACUGAUUGCCAAAACCUCUACUUUAAAGAUACGGGCGGGGGUCAUCAUGCUCUGAAGGGAUGAGAGACUUGCCUGAGGACACAUAGCUCUUAAGUACAAGAGCCAAGACUAAUCAUCUGUUCUUCUGCUGCCUCCUGCUGGGUUUCUUGAGUGUAAGCAUGCUUGAAGAAGGAAAGGACUACUGCUGCCCACAGAGGAAGCAUUUAUGGAGACUUGGGGGAGCUCCCAUCUAUCAGCUGAGCAGAUUUUUGAGAAUUUCUGCUUUAGGCUGAGACUUGUAAUGGGCCCUGGGGGAACCUAGAGGUAGAUUCAGCAGAGAAGUUGCCACAAAAGACCUAACUCAGAACACCAAAUGUGACACUGCCCAGUACUGAAGAUGAUUGAGGACAGAACCAAGUAUCUUUGAGCAAGGAGUCUUGCUUCUGAGAAGCCUGCACAUGUUGGCUCUCUUGACUCCUAUCCAGAUCAAACAAGGGGACAUGGCAUAAGUGUGAACUUCUGAAACACAUUUGACUGGAGUCCUCAUGCUUGCUUCUCCAGUGAGAACCAGAUCCUAGAAAGGCUAACUAGGCUCCAUAUGUCCCAGUGCUUUCUGGCCAUCUAGAUGGUUCCAUGGUUGAGACCUAGAGGUUUCUUUGGAAGGCUUGAUGCUCUGUCCUAAUAGCCUUCAGAAAUGAGUCAUGGGGAGCAUCAAAGUAGGAUAAGUCUCAUGGUCACCAGUUCUAGCAUCCUUAUUGUGCAGACAUGACAGAUCAAACAAGGCAUUCGCUGAACCAAGCUAAGUUGCCUGCAUAUCAAAUAUCUUGCCCCUGCUAUGGGCUCUGCAGUCUUCACAGCAUUCUGGCUGAAUCAAUCAUUAUCCCAUGUGUGACUCAUAUUCAGCGAGCUCUGCCUUUCCAUCUUGUGUUAAUCAUAUCACUGCAGAGUAUGUGGCCUCCAUACUUGUCAAACUUGGGACUCUAGAGAAGGGCAGCCAGGGUCGGAGUGGACAAAGGGGAACAACUCAAUCAAGAAACUUAGCCAGGCUCUUUGGUCAGAUGACAAAAGAGGCUCUUUGGUCAGCCUCUAGACAGAGUUCUGUGAACAUGCCAGGCUGGCAGCAGGCUUGUCUUUUUCCUAUCCCCCUAUUCCCUCUUCUA